AUGUAUUGUCACUCCGUGUCCUCAAUGCCGGCGUGUCGGCACGAAUCUGUGUCCACGUCCAGCGGUAGCUGUAGCUUCCCCAUCCCGUGGCUGUCUCCAUGGUCCCCAUGGGGAGCUCCACUUGUCAGUGCCUUCACUGCUGCUGUCGUAUUUGUUGCACGCCGCUCCAACCGCUCGAGUUCACCACGAAGUUCCGGCCGAAAGGGUCAAAAGAAACAUGUUGCGAGGAGGUGUGCUCCUCCACGCUCAAAAGAAGUACAAUUUACUGAGGCAACUUUGUGUCAGGUGACUUGCAAAUCUUGCAAUGGAAGAUCAUGUGGUGAGCCACUUGCUGAUCAGCAGGAGAAGAAUCAACAAGAGGAUGAUGUUUGGCAGCCUCAGGGUGGCCUUCAACCUUUUGCAGAUCUUGUGGAGCAGCUUUUACCUCCUUGGAUCAUAUCCAACAUGGAGAUCAUGACAAAGCAUACCAGCAAUGCUGUUGGCUUACCAGCGUUCAUCGAACAUUCGAUGGUGGUGGCCAGCUGGGACAUUUCAGAACAGCGGUCCUUCGGUGCUCGCCUGCUACGAAAAACAGUUCCAGAGCCAGUGGCCCAGCUGUUUGGCGCCAUCUUGAAUGCGCUAAAGAUCUGGCCAGAUCUUCAUAGCAGGGCUAUCAGGUUUGGCUCUUCCACAAUAGGGGCUGCAACUUCUCAUUGGCUUGUUGGCGAGACCCGUGUCUUGUCCCCGGAGGAGGAGCAGGCCUUGGUGCAGAAGCUCCGGCAUGAAGGUUUAGAUGUGGCACCUGAUGGCGUGAUGCUCCUUCGAAAGUGUAAAUUCAUCGAAGAAUCUGGCGGUUGCAAAGAUUUGUGUCUCAACGUGUGCAAAGCUGGCACUGAAGAAUACAUGAAGGAAGACCUGCAGUUUCCAGUUCGAAUGAUUCCCAACUUGAAGGACCACAGUUGUGCCAUCUUGUUGAUGGAGCAGCCGGUACCACCUGACAAAGAUCCUUUGUUCAAGCAGCCAUGUGGUGCUGCACACUGUGACAAGAAAUUCACUAUGCCUCGUAUGCCUCAUAUGCGUCAUAUGCCUCGCACUCGCAGCGGCUCUAAAAGUGAAGCGGAGCAAAGACAAAAAGAAAGCCACAACUACUCUUGUCGUUUUCUUGUCUAG